AUGCAGAUGGUUGGGUGGGUAAACCUCCCCGCAUCCGCUCCUCGACCACAAACGAGAAAUGGCUGCUUGAGCGCCGUCUCCCUCCUCGCCGCCGCCGCCAUGCCGCCGCCAAUACCUUCCAUUUACCGGCAACCGCCCAAGCCCAACCACGUCGCGCGAUGCGUCCCCGUCCCCGACCCGCCCAAAGCCCCGCCCGCGCCCGCGCCGGCGCCGCCCAACCCGCUCCUCUCCCUCCUCUCCGUCGUGCCCGACUGGGCCGACGCCGUCUCCGAGCGCCGCAUCCGCGACCGCCGCCCGCUCUACACCCACGCCGACUGGCGCCACCACCGCAGCUCCCGCCGCCACCUGCGCCACUUCCUCUCCUCCCUCGCCUCCCGCGUCAUCCUCUCCCUCGCGCCCCCCGUCUCCGCCUUCACCGCCUUCGCCGCCGCCAUUGCCACCUACAACACCCUCCUCCCCGCCUACGCCCUCACCGCCUCCCCCCUCCCCUACCAGCUCACCGCCCCCGCCCUCGCCCUCCUCCUCGUCUUCCGCACCGAGGCCUCCUACGCGCGCUUCGACGAGGGCCGCAAGGCCUGGAUGCGCGUCCUCGCUGCGGCUGCCGACCUCGCCGGGAUGGCCAUGCGCCACCCCGCGCCUGCGCCUCACCUCAUCAACUACAUCCUUGCCUUCCCUGUUGCGCUCAAGUGUCAUAUAAUCAACCACUCGGACAUAAAAAACGACCUUCAGGGUUUGCUCUCAGAGGAUGACUUGAAUGUUGUUCUGCGAUCAAAACAUCGUCCUCGCUGUAUCAUUGAGUUCAUUUCACAGAGCCUCUACAUGUUGGAUUUCGGUGAAAGUAAGCGGAAUAUCAUGGAGUCUAAACUAUCUUGUUUUCUUGAAGGAAUUGCUGUUUGCGAGCAGCUUAUUGGGAUUCCUAUUCCUCUGUCAUACACUAGACUGACUUCAAGAUUUCUUGUUCUGUGGCAUCUCACACUACCAGUGAUACUCUGGGAUGAAUGUAAAUGGAUAGUCGUUCCAGCUACUUUUAUCAGUGCUGCCUCUUUGUUCUGCAUUGAGGAGGUUGGUGUUCUUAUUGAGGAGCCAUUCCCCAUGCUUGCUCUAGACGAACUGUGCAAGCAGCUCCAUGACAGCACGCAGGAUGUGAUGUCACUGCAAAGUCUGGUUCACAAGCGCCUAACCGCCACCAGGAAGAAGGGCCAAGGCAGUGGCAUGAACCGAUGUUCAGACAACGGGUGGCCUAGCUCCAAAAGCGAAGAAGCGAAAAUUGAUUGAGAGCAAGGUGCGGAAUUAUUAAAGUGUAUCAUGCCAUUGCAUGCAAUAAAGGCCUUUGGUUCAUAUCUCAAGCAAAGUCGAGGGUGUGCGUAUGUACCUGGCUGCAUCCCAACAGGUCUAUUUGGUACAGUGAUGUAGUAGUACAAAGUUAUGAGAGGUAGGAUAUCAUCAUGAAUGUAAAAUUAAUUAAGGGAUGAGAUGCGGUUACCUUACACGUAGCGUAGUUUGUCGGAGGAAGCAUGCAUGCAGGUUACGGAUGUACAUAUAUAUCGUGAAUAGUUUGCUAGUUGUUUGUAUAUAUGUAGACAGGAUUUUGACGAGCCGUAUGUAAAGAUUUACGCUACGUACUGAUACAGUGUCUUUUUUACGUAAUGUUAUGCUGGUAGUGGUAAACCGAACAUAUACGGCCGUCUGUAAAGAAGCAAGGCAAACCAAAUCCGGCU